AUGGCAUUUGCCUUCAAGCAUCUGCAGAAUUCAUCACCUCUAAAGGAUUUUAGCAUUACUAAACUGCAAAGUGAGAUUGCAAAGAUGAUGAAACUAGACCUUUCAACUGAGGAUGACGAUAAGAAAAGGGCAGCCAGUAGGAAUCCCUUGGAAAUUGGUGGAGGUAAACUGAUUAUAACUAGCCGAUCAGUUGACGUGUGUAAAAGGAUUGGCUGCCAAAUGAAUUUAAAAGUAGCAACUCUUUCAAUGACUGAAUCUUGGGAAUUAUUUGUGGAGACACUUGGUCACUCUGGAGAUCUCCCAAAAGAAAUAGAAGAAAUAGCAAAGAAGAUGACAGAAAAAUGUGAUGGAUUGCCACUUGAAAUAAUAAAUAUGGCUGCUAGUAUGAGAGGAGUGAAUGAUGUUUUUGAGUGGAGAGAAAGGUGUCCAAUCUGA